AUGGCAGCUGGUUCGAAACCGAUCCGUCUUGGCUGUUUGCUGCUGCUGAUGCAGUCGGGCACAGUUUCGUGCGGUCAGUGCUCGGGUGUGGUUCGUAAGGCUUUUGGUGUUGCAAACAUGCCAGUGACGUGGUUCGUGCCUCACUUUGUCUUGCUAUGUCUGUUUGUGGUGGGCACAAGCGCCCAACAGUUUCGCUGUCAAUAUACUGGUCAUUAUGGAUCAUCAAAAGCGACAUUCUCUGGUGUGAACAUCAAAGGUUCAGUAAUACCACAAUUUUUGUGUGACUACAGUUACAAUAUACAGUUUGUAGUGUUUGAAAAAUCUUCACUGGAGGAGUUACCCAAGCAGCUGUUUGAUACGUUCAACAACAUACACAGUGCGAAUCUUACACGCAGUGCUAUAAGACAUGUGAAUCGUUACAGUCUCGAAAGAGCCAGCACACUGCAGGUUCUAGAUUUGUCCCACAACGCAUUGAACGAGCUGUCGGGUAACUGUUUUUCCGGAGCCAAUGCGAUGAUCAAGCUCAAUCUUUCGUACAACAACAUUAGCUCGAUCGACAAUAUGGCCUUUAACACGCUGAGUAACUUGGCAACGCUGUUGCUGACCGGAAACCAGCUGCAAUCAUUGGACAGUACAGUGUUUGAUUCACUUGUGUUGUUGCGUACCAUUUACCUAGACUCUAAUAAGCUGCAGGUGAUUGAGGAGAAUCUUUUCUCCAACAAUGCCAUGUUGGAAAACGUUCUUCUACAAGGCAAUCGCAUCAGCGUAGUUGAAGAAGGAGCAAUCGUUACCAAAAACAAUCAUGUGUUAAGUACUCUCUCGCUGCGCAACAAUAACCUCACAAAGUUGAAUCUGAAAGAAGUGAACGUAAAGAAUCUUUACCUGGCAAAUAAUAAGCUGGAGGAAAUUUAUCUCUCACCGUGGGUAGAAUCGGUGUACGCGGAGAAUAACCGCAUAUCGAACAUCUUGAUGAAUAACUCGUCCAGAAUGAACCUGGUGACGCUGGAUUUAUCAAAUAAUUCCAUCUCGUCUAUCGAAUCGAUACAGCACCUGGAGUCACUCAGGAUACUCGGCCUAUCUCACAACCGGAUCGGUCCACUGAAUAUAACGAGUUUGUCAAAGUUAACCAACCUCCAACGGUUGGGUCUGGAGCGAACGUUCGUGUCGAACCUCCAGCAUGGUACCUUUGCCCAGCAGGAAUCGCUCAAAUGGUUGGAUCUGUCGAACAACAAUCUCGAUCGGUUCGAUUUUGACAUCCUAACUUCAUCCACCGGGCUGGAGAAGAUCUAUCUCGACGGCAAUCGACUCAAGUCGAUUGACUAUCAGUUUCUCAAGAAAACAUUCCCGUCACUCGUCGAGAUCGGACUGUCCGAUAACAACUGGAACUGUACGUAUCUGAUCCAGCUCGUACGCUACUGUACCGAACAUACGAUCACACUGUUCAAAUCGCAAUCGUCCAUACUGAAUCAGACGAAUGUGAAGGGCAUCUACUGUUACGACGAUAAGAACCCGCUUGCCAGCUGGAACACUACCGUGCAGCAACUGCAGACACUGCAUCCGCUCAACUCCUCCGAAGAUGGCGCACUGCAAUCGUUGCUCCAGAGCGUCCUCGAGGAUGUGCGUCGUUAUAGCGACAGCAAUGCGGAAGUUGCCAAUCAAACCACCAAACUGGAUGGGGCUGUGUACGAUCUCACCAAGAAUCAGUUCAACCUACAGAGAGAUCUGAACAGCGUGCGGCAGUCGUUGUUCGAUAUACAGCUUGCGCUGAUGGCGAACCGGACGAACGGUAGCACUGGGAUGAACAAUGACGAGCUGCGCCAAAUGAUCGAAACGGCGAACAAUUUGACGCUGGACAAACAGGAACUGAGUGCGAAAACGCUCGAGUUUAAGAUCUACGAGCAGACGUUUAAGGUGGAUAAGGCGCUAGAGCUGGCCAAGGAAAAUGGUGAUAAGGUGUCACUGUUGGCAAAGCGUGUCGAGCAGUGGAUAAGCAAUAUGGUGGCGAGCGGUGGAAGCGUUGGUGUUGGGUUGCUGGCACAGGAUAGGCAACAGCAGCUUGUACAACAAAGCAGUACUGCAGCUGUAAGUGGAGGCGAUCAUGGAUUGAUCAUAGCGCUGUUGGUAAUGAUGUGCCUGCUGAUGGGUGUGAUUGUGUUUGGUUUCUUAAAGUUCAAUCGCCGUUUGUUUAACGUCGAACGGAAGCGUUAUACCAACCGAAACAGCAGUUUGUCCACGAUUAUCGAUAAUGAUAUUUGAU